AUGAUGACGUCAGUGUAGGACUUCAUGAACGCCAUGGCAGCCCAUGCUAGCGAGCUUGAGAUAGCAAAGAAGAAUUUAACGGAUGCAAUUGGUGAUAAUGUCAAACACUACUGGGCGAACCUGAAGCUGUGGUUCAAACAAAAGAUCAGCAAAGAGGAGUUUGACAUCGAGGCACGUCGUCUGUUAGCACAGGAGAAUGUCCAUGUCCACAAUGAUUUUCUCCUGGCCAUUCUCACACGCUGUCAGAUCAUCGUCUCCACUCCAGAGGGCGCAGGGCCAUUACAGUGGCAAGGUGGCUCUGCUUCAAAGCCUGGAAAACCAAAAGGGAAGAAGAAAUGUUCCUCUAGACAGAAAUUUGAUCAUCGUUUCCAGCCACAGAACCCUCUGAGCGCCGCCCAGCCUUUUAGCCCGCGGGAGGUCGGAGGUGAGGAGGAGGAACUGCGUCUCAGUGCACACACUCUGCUGUUGCCCACGCGGGGGCAGCUGGAGGCCCGCAUGAUGGUGACGGCCUUUGAGCUGGGGCUGGAUAACAUCACAGACGACGCCGUCAGCAGCAUGAUCCAUGCCGUUGAGCACCACUUGAAAGACGUCCUGACCGCCGUCAUCACCCGGAGGAAGGCAUACAGGUUACGAGAUGGUCGCUUCCCCUACGCCUUCGGCAGUGAUGUCACGCCGCAGCCUUAUCUGAAAAACAGCCUUGCUGCUUAUCACAGUGUUACUGAAUGUCCUCCUCCGAGCGCGUCCCUCGCAGCUGGCCCACCUCCUCAAGUGUCACCAGAUGAGGCAGAGCAGCAAGCCGUUCACUUAUUGGCUUGCUCUGCCGACAGUCUACCCGCACCCCUCCCUCCGAUCAGCAUGUUCGACCUUUUGGAAGCUUUGCAGGUUCACCACGGUGUGAUGCCCUCCCACACUAUGUACGCCCUAAACAUGGAGCGCAUCCUGUCACGGCUCUGGCACCCGAGCCAAGAAGAACUAGAGCAGGACCACGUACACCGGCAGCGCCUCGCUGCAAAGGAAGGCGUGCUCGUCAGCUGAGAGCCACUGACGCAGGACUUUAUAUGGACUGCAGAUAUCAUCAGGAACAAACACAGAAGUAAUCCCCACAUGGAAAUGGAUGAUAGGAACAGUGUGUCCAGCUGGCUAAUUAUUUUAGUCUUUGCCACCAAGACAUUUUGGCAGAAGACUAAACAUCAUUUGGUGGUAAAAUAAUGGAAGAAUUUAAUCUUAGGAUACACCAGCAGCUACAAGCACCUGACAGGAACAUAAGGUCCUGGGCCAGAGGUGUUAAUUUUUCAGUGUCAGAUAUGCACCACAACUGUUAAAGGGACAGUUCACCCCAAAAUCUAAAACACAUAUUUUUCCUCUUACCUGUAGUGCUACUUACCAGUCUAGAUUGUUUUGGUGUGAGUUUCAGAGUGUUGGAGAUAUCGGUCGUAGAGAUGUCUGCCUUCUCUUGAGUAUAAUGGAACUAGAUGGCACUCAGCUUGUGGUGCUUCCAGAAAUCAUGACCUGGUUACUCAAGAUAAUCCACAGAGCUUGUUGGGAGCAGUUUCAUGUAGGAACUAUUAGGUAGUAACUGCCGUACUAGCGUGCAGAAGGACGCAGGCAUCUACACAUGGACGAGAGGCUCAUUACAUUGUGAGAUGUAGAAAAUUAAUGGCGUCCUUCUCAGCUGAGCUGUAACGUUAGCCAGCUCAGUGGUGCUAGGUGAGCUAGCAGUAGAUGCACACUUCCUUCUUUGCCGUGAUUCGGUUGACGGGUGUAGUUCAGUAGAAAGAAAAUAGUUCCUUCAUGAAACUUCUCACAACAAGGUCUGUGGAUUAUCUUGAGUAACCAGGUCAUGAUUUCUGGAAAGAGACAUUGAUGUUGAGUUUUCAAAUGUAUUUUUUGGAGAGUUGAGCACCACAAGCUGAGUGACAUCUAGUUCCAUUAUAUUGGAGAGAAGACAGACAUCUCUACAGCUGAUAGGGUUUGGUAUCAUUUACAUUUGAACCAGUACCUGAAAUUCAGGACCAAUCCCAUACAGUACAACGUUUUGGUCCCUUUUAGUAAUAACAAAAAUGUAAUUUUCGAACAAGUUUCAGGUGUGACGUAUAAGACUAAGGGGCCAUACACAUGCCACAUCUUUAUCUGUCUGUUCAACGUCUUCUUCUAAGUGCAGAGCUCUUCCAGGCGCUGCUCUGUAAGUGCUUAUUGGGUCAAAAAUAUUGUCCGUGGGACAGAUGUAAAGCUCUGACAGCCCUGAGCUAAAAUGAUCAACUUCUUCAUAUUUACCACAGUUUGAUUUUUACAGAAGAAGGGAAAGAUACCUGUCGGCUGUGAUUGGUUGGUCCUCAUCACGACAUGUGGUGCGCCCUGCUGCGUUCCAAAAGUUGAACUCCGUUUAUCUCAGGGUGCAGCCAUUGUGCCCUGAAACAUAGGUGUUCUGGAACACACGCGUGCCACAACGGCAUUGCUCUGGCGUUUGAGCACGCGUGCCAUGCAUCUACAUUGAAAACAAUGAAUUUGAGGGCUCCAAAAACGCAGCAUGUGUACGGCUCCCGAGAGGCGGUUCUGCUCCUCUGAUCUUCUGUCUCUGUCUCUUUGUGGCUGCUUGUGAUACUAGCCUACUAUUACUACAAUAUCAUAGUAAGGAAAAUAGACAGAUGCUCAAACUAUUACAGUAACUUGGCAGUGCAGCGAUGGUUUUUUGCUUGCUGGGAAGCCAACAUAGCAUUGGUGGAGCUCCAUGGUGGGCUUCAAGAUGCUUCAGUCUCCUGUCUGAAGUUGAAUCCGAUUGAAUUCCAGGCUCUGGGAUGCUUUGUGGCACUUCUGCCUCUUAUGUGCUCUCAGGUACAGACAUUUGGCACAGGUGGAUUUAAUGUACCAACUAGUUACCCUUGUAAGCAUCAAGUUCAGUACCCAACGUUAAUGGCCGAUAUCUCCAACACUCAGCAAUUCACACAAAAACAAUCUAGACUGAUAAAUAGCUCUACAAGCAAGAGGAAAGAAUAUGUAUUUUUGAUUUUGUGGUGGACUGUCUCUUUAAAAUAUGUCCCAAUAACACAGAUCAAUCAGUAUCUAAUCAUGUAGCAUUGUGUACAUCACCAGGUCACAACAUACUGCAUAUAGUCUUUAGGGCCCUGUUCUUGUUCCUGGCCUCGUCUCUUCAGGUGCAGCGCUAUGAUGAGAAUUAUUUCAAGGAAGAAUGAUAAAGUUGGAAAUCAUCCCGCUCCAACAGGUACAACAGAAAUGUCAAUACAGUGCUGUCAGCACAGGAUCCUGACAGAGGUCUAAUCAAACAUCAAGUGAAAGCACACGUGUGUGUUUACUGUGGGUAUGUAGGGUCCUUUAAAAUGUGCCAGGCAGCUUUGUCAUGUGUCAUCACGCCCGUCGUGAACUUGACAUCAAGUUGUCUGCAAAGUAAUCCUGAAACAUUUACUGGUGUCUGGUUUAAAGGCCAGCGAGCGUCCGUCAGUGUUGGUGGUCCUCCAUGUGUGUACAGAUUAAGCUAAAAGUUUUUUUAACGUCUCAGUGCACUUGAAUUUCAUCUGUUUGCCAUGUUUGUGUGCAGUAUUUAGUUCAGGUUGAAAUGUGUAUAAAUUUGUACAUUUUUUUUUUACGCAAGCCUUUGUAAAUUUGUAACUACAGACAGUAGUUUAGCAAAUAAAUAAAAUGAAUUUUUUACAAGUUACACACUCAAGUGCUGUACAAAUUUGAUGUACUUGUAAUUU